GUCUGCCUUCGCUUUUCCUCGAGUGGGCUCCCUUCCCUUUCGCCUGAGCAUUCGUUUUUGCCGCCCAGGCCGUUCGUUCCGUCUUCGAAAUGUCUCCCAGGAGUUUGCGCAAUAAGCUUUGGGCCGCAGCGGUCGCUGGUGCGGCCGCGCUAUCGACAUCCAACGCGUACUUCCUCUUCGCGAUGAACGAUGUCAUCACCAUUGAGCGUCUCGACCCAAUUGUCAGCCCAGGACAAGUCGCUUCACACGUUCAUACAGUGAUGGGCGGGAGCAAUUUCCGCGCGACGACUAACACGAGUUUCUUGCGGGCAAGCGAGUGUACGUCCUCGCCUAUCAAGCAGGACAAGUCGAACUAUUGGGCACCAACUCUCUACUUCCACUGGGCGAACGGCUCAUUCAGCAGUGUGACGGGCAACCCAGUCAUGUACGGCUGUGUUUUCAUAUCUUCCUGUCGAGACUUUUUCGCUGACUCAUCAUCGCAGCUCGUCGCCGCAGAUUACCUUUUCUCCGACACACCUGGAGCGACGACGCCCUUUCCCGAUGACUUCCGUAUGAUCAGUGGAAAUCCCACGCUGCGCUCUUACAACGGGAGUGACUACGCGCAGCAGGCCAUCACGUUCCUCUGCCUCGAUUUCAGCGGGGUGAGCACCCGGUUCAACCAGAUUCCGGCGCAGGGAUGCCCGUCCGGAAUGCGCGCCCAGAUCAACUUCCCGAUGUGCUGGGAUGGCAAGAACGCGGACUCGCCGGACCACAAGUCGCACGUCGCAUUCCCGUCUGGGGGUGCUGACUCUGGCGCAUGCACAGAUCCCAAGUACCCCAAAACACUCCCUCGAAUCUUCAUGGAGAUGUACCUCGACACGGCGUCCUGGUGGAAUCUGCGCGGCCAGGCUAUGAACCCCAACCAGCCGUUUGUGUAUUCGAUGGGCGAUCCAACUGGCUUUGGAUAUCACGCCGAUUUCAUGAUGGGCUGGGAUGCCAAUGUGCUUCAAGGUGUAGUGGACAGGUGCAACUGCAAUCCGUACGGCGACCCGACCUGCUGCUCCAAUGCCGGCGUCUUCACCUUCGAGCAGGGUGGAACCUGUCGCAUCACUCAGAGUGUGGACGAAGUCACGACGGGAACCAUCAAAACCCUCCCGGGUAACAACCCCGUCGUCGGGUUUGGAGCAAACGCGCCGACACUGUCCGGGCCUGCUCCGCCGUUCAUCCAGCCUGUCUACGCGUACACCGGCGACAGUCCCACGCAGACCGGGACGCCGGUGGGCGGGCAAGCGGUCGCUCAGACUUCGGCGCCAGGCUCGGCCGGCGACGCGCCUGUUGCUGUUCCGAGUGCGCCGGCGGUCAUCGCCCCUGCGUUCGGAAACCAUCGGGCACGAAAGCUGGGCCGUUCGCCCGGCAUCCAGUUUUACGACGCCCAUUCGAGCUUCUGAGCCUUUGUAUUGAAUAACCUUGCACAGAUGCUCUAAAUUCUGUCGCCGCCCAGCGCGGCCGUUUCGACGCUCUGUACUUAGACUUGUCGCCUUUUCUCUCGCUCACAUCCUGCAUUGAUUGCAGAACGCCUCCAAUCCUUUUUGUAUCCUCCCUUUGUAAAUCGUAGUCACAAUGCAACGUCUGUCGUCUUUGCAGCUCCGAUAGUGGCGGUUCGCAUGCCAGCUUGAUCAGUCACGUCAUCAAACAGGACAUUAGGCCUGCCGCUCGUUUGCAUAAACUCCCACAUCGUGCCUCGCUUCCCCAAUUCCGCGCCCAAUUUUAGUGCACAAGAACCCAUCGGAUGGCGUCCAGAGCGGCUCGGGGCAACUUGAGACCGAAAGGAAGACCCCAAAGCAGGAGCUGCCGCACCGUGCCGUGCGCUGAGCAGUCGUUCUCUCAGUCAGCCAAGGCGCAGUCCGCUCUACACCCCAUUCGCUGCUUGUCUCCCCGCGUGUUUCAGCGCCAUGCUUCGCCGCUGGAAGCCUUAGGUGGAGCGACGUGCACUCAGGGCCCUCGCGGCAUUAGUAUCGGCAUGGGGGGAGAGGAUCUGGAGAUGCAGCUCGGUGCAGUGGGAUAAAUAGGGAGGGUGUUCAGCGAGGAGGACAGUGCACUUCACUUCUCUCUUGUGCCCCCUCUCCUGCGAAUUCUAGCCCCUGCAAUGCUCGCUAAGGUUCUGGUCCUUCUGCUGGGUCUCAGCGCCGUCUCUGUCGACGCAAACAGUACGCCCAAGGUCCGCGUCGUGACCAGCUGCACGGUCAAAAACGCCGUUGCGAUGACCUUCGACGACGGGCCGUACCAGUGGAUGCCGCUAAUCAGCAACAUGCUCACCCAGAAGGGUGCGAAGGGUACCUUUUUCGUCAGUGAGUGCAGACGACUGCAUUUACGCUCGUACUGUUUCGUCGUAUCUGCAGCAGACGUAUCUUGCCGGCCACCAGAUCGCUGCGCACACUUGGUCCCACCCUGAUCUUACGACUCUCAGCGUUGCCAGCAUUACCAAGCAGCUGAACAAAAUCGACGAUGCGCUUUUCAGAGUCUUGGGCAUCAACACCACGUUCUUCCGCCCUCCGUACGGGAGCUACAACACGCGUGUCCGCGAAGUGGCCUAUGUCCUGAAUAAGACGAUGAUAACUUGGGAUUUCGACUCAGAAGACUCCCUGAAUGCGACUGUUCCUCAGAGCCAGCAGUACUACACCGAUCUCAUCCAAAGCCGUCCUGACUCGGUGAUUGCGCUGAACCACGAAACCGAAGUAAGCAACUCGCGACCUGGGCGGUCGACGCCUUCCAGGCUGCCGGAUAUAACCUAGUCACUGUGGCCGAGUGUCUGGAUAUGGAUCCCUAUACGCACGUCGGUGAUCUGGGCGUUCGUGAUAGUGAGACUUGGACCUGCUAGUCGAGUAGCCAGCUAGAUGGCGUAGAGCUAUGCAUUGUUGUAGUUGCUGCCCGAACAAGAGCGCCUCCAUAGAAUGUGGGCAUGUUGAUGCAUUCAAAGUAUCUUUCUGCUCCGGACAAUCAUGUUCAGAC